CGAAUGGACCGAUAAAUGUGCUUUUCUAUUCCCUGUGGUUUCUUUACAAGUUUUGCUUGUGUCGAGAAAAGUACUUAGGGUACGUUCGUGACAGUCAUCGGGAUUUGUGUAUUUUCGGUCGAGUGCAGAAUAUCUACCAAAAUAGCGCCACCGACGCCAACCAAACGUGUGAAGAUGACGGAGUCCAGUAGCAGUGUUGUGAACGGGAGUAACUACGAGACGUUACAUCAAGGUCGUCUCAACAUGUACAAAUCCAAGGUUGGAGUUGUCCUAGGCGCUCAAUGGGGCGAUGAGGGCAAGGGCAAAGUGGUUGAUAUGCUCGCGCUGGAAGUGGACAUCGUUUGCAGAUGUCAGGGCGGAAAUAAUGCUGGACACACUGUUGUGGCUAAUGGCACUGAAUUUGAUUUCCAUUUACUGCCAAGUGGAAUUGUAAAUGAGAAGUGUAUAUCGGUGAUUGGCAAUGGUGUUGUCAUCCACUUACCAUCACUAUUCGAUGAAUUGUCGAAAAAUGAAGCCAAGGGUUUGCAAAAGCUCGAACAUCGUUUGAUUAUUUCCGAUCGCGCGCAUUUGGUCUUUGACUUUCAUCAAUUGGUGGAUGGCAUGCAGGAGGCUGAAAAGGGUGGCAAAUCGCUCGGCACUACCAAGAAAGGUAUUGGUCCGGCUUAUUCCAGCAAAGCUACUCGCAAUGGCAUUCGCGUUGGCGAAUUGUUGGGAGACUUUAAUAUCUUCGCCGAUAAAUUUAAAUCGAUUGUUGCAACACAUUUGCGUCUUUUCCCCUCAAUCAAUAUCGACGUUGAGGCUGAGCUAGCGCGUUACAAAGAGUAUGCGGAGAAGAUUCGUCCUUAUGUAAAAGACACCAUUUGUUUCCUACACACUGCAUUGCGACAGGGCAAAAAGAUACUGGUAGAGGGUGCCAAUGCCGCUAUGUUGGAUAUUGACUUCGGUACCUAUCCAUACGUAACGAGCAGCAAUUGCAGCAUCGGUGGUGUACUUACUGGUCUGGGUCUACCACCGCAGACCAUUGGUGACGUUAUUGGUGUCGUUAAAGCUUACACCACGCGUGUAGGUGAUGGUCCGUUCCCCACCGAACAAAUUAAUGAAUUUGGCGAGUUGCUCCAGACACGCGGUGCUGAGAUUGGUGUUACAACGAAGCGAAAACGUCGCUGUGGUUGGUUAGAUAUUCCAUUACUCAAAUAUACCUCACUUGUAAACGGUUAUACAAGCAUCUGUUUGACAAAGCUUGAUAUACUUGACACUUUGCCAGAGAUCAAAGUGGCUGUUGCUUACAAACGCGCUAAUGGUGAAACUUUGGAUCACUUCCCAGGCACAAUUGCACAAUUGGGUGAAAUUGAAGUUGAGUACGCAACUUUGCCCGGUUGGCAAGAGAGCACCGAAAAUAUUCGCAACUUCAAGGAGUUGCCUGAAAAUGCACAAAAGUAUGUACGGUUCCUAGAAAGUGAGCUACGUGUACCAGUACAAUGGGUUGGUGUUGGCAAAGGGCGUGAGUCCAUUAUCAACAUCCAUUAAUUUUAACUCGUAACGUGUGUUUUUGCAUAAUUGGCUUUGUCAACUGCACAGAAAAUUCGAUUGUGUACUUUAAUGAAUUUUAAGGAUUAUGUUAAUAAAUAUAUAUUUUUUGUUUUGAGUUUUACUGA